AUGAUGCUGUUCCUCAGUCAGCCGUACCGGAAGAUCUCGGUGCACAAGGUGAAGAUGUUCAAGAAGUUCAAGAAAAUCGAGUUACAAGCAGGCGAGUCGAAAGACAUCGGCAGCGGACUCAAGAGAAUCGUCGAGGACAACAACUACGUGGUGGUCAUCAAGCCGGGCACGUGGUGCGAUGUGUACGGAAAUAUGACGAAUCCGCUGUGCGCGGAGUUUACUAUUGACACGAGCAGCGGUGCAGGCACUGCCCGGAAAAGCUGA